UGUUUACAUUGGUGAUUACUGAGCUAUUGGUGCAAAUGGAACAUUUAUUCACGACAAUUUAUUGUGGAUCUUUCAUUUCUCGACCAUGGUGAAUCAUACAAAGCACUGGUUCGACACGCUGCUUAUCGAAAAGACGUACAAAGGUCCACAAGGAUUGGCAAUAAUAUUAUCUGGUUGUGGUUUAUAUACUGCUGCAUUGAAGCUGCUUACUGGCUUCGCAUUAUUUCCUCUUCUCAUAUGGGUACGCCGCAUUACCAAGGAAAGCGCCAAUGAAGCAUGAGCGUGGUCACAAGAAAAUGAAAUGGCUAAUUUGCCUCAUCGCAAUAAAGCAACCAAUAUCGCCUGGUCACUGUUACAAAAACUCAUUUAUGAUUAUGAGUUACAAAAUUCUACUAGCGUACGUAAAUACAUAGCAGACAAGCUGCUAAGUCUCAACGCUUUUAUACCGCAAUGGCUAUAUAAUGACUACAAGGAAAUUUUGUCUGCCAAGAAAUACAUUAGAUUUUGCAUAUUGCAUGGAUUGAAAUUGAAUGCUAAUUUAGAUAUCGAGUAUAAACAGGAGCUCACAGGUUCAGAGGACGUCAUACAAACCUACAUAUAUCGAUACCGCACAGCGCACAGCACAGAAUAAAAUUCAAAUGGA